GGCGUGAGUAUCGAAUGGUGUUGCACAAUGUUCAUCUUCAUGGGUCCUUCGCGCAGCGGACACGCAACAUCCCUCCAUUUACCGUCUCAUCUCGUUGCGCACACUUGUAAAUUAGCUGCUCCCUCUUCUACGAUACAUCUGCUUUGCGGCUCGGCCCCUUCCAAUUCAAGUGAGAUUGUAGAAGAGUAUGAAAUGAGACCAAAAACCCUUCUGGUGAACUGAACGGUGAAUAAAGACAAACCUUUGCCUGGAAGUUGGUUUUGACACAAGUACUUUAAUCAGCUUGCAUCUGUCACUUAUAUGUUCAAAUGGAUAAGAAAAAACAGAAGACAGCACCAAGCCUAGAGAGAGAUAAACAUAAAAAGAAAGAAGAUAUAAAGAAGAUGAGAAAAACCAACGAGGCUGAAGCAGAAGUUUCUUCAAAGAGCACUAAAAGUGAAUCUCAGCUGCAGACCAGGCAGGACGAGGUAACACUUAUGAAGUCUGAUCAGUCAGAGGCAAAUGGAAGAAUGAAAAUAGGGUUCGUAGCAAAACGAACCAAGAAGCCCCCAAAGAGCCUUGAGAACUUCAUAUGCAGACCGACCGCUAGGAUCUCUCAGAGACUUUCACACGGAGAUGGCCAAAGCUCAUGUGGAGGUGAUCGGUCCAGUUCUGACAUCACAGGGGCCAUACAGUCAUGUCAGGAGAGUCAGAAAAAAGACAGUUAUGACUGCAUUUCUUCAAAUGCCUCAAUAACAGCACUUUCUACUCCAUCCAAAAUGGUUGAGUCGACACUUUUAUGUCCGCUUUCUAAAAAGACAAAACAGACAAAGAAGACCGAUUCAAAGUCAUUAUUGACACCAGAUGGGCCCUCAUAUGCAGCUCAACCACAGACCGAUAGCAAAGUACCCCUUUCUGACAGAAUAACCUCAUCUACCCCACUGAAGCAGACACAUUCACCUCCAGCUGCUCAUUCUCCACCAUCCUCACUUCAACAGAACUCCAGCCCACACAAUGGAACCCAGGUUUUUAAUGUUCAAAAGGGGAAGGGGGAAGAUCUUCCAACCGGAGCAACAACUACUGUCUCCCUACCAUCACAAAAUUCAAAAGAUACAAGGCUGAAAGCUCACACAUCUCAGCAGUCAUCUUCCAGUAUUCAAAAUGAGGCUGAACACUCAUUUUGUUGCAGUGAGAAUUCAAAGUCCUCAAAGCCAAAAAAAAAAUGUAAGACCUCUAAAUUCAGGGACAGUAAUGUUGAUAAAUGUUUGAAUGCAAGUGUGAAAGAGGACAGCAAACAGGGUGGAGAUUCUACUGAUAAAACAAGUAAAGAAAAUGAAUCGGCGCAUCAGCCAAGUCCUUCUAUAAAAACACCAGCAGUCCUUCCGGCUUCAAAUACAUCUGCUGGUUUAUCAGAUCACGAGAGCUGCACUUCACAGCGACUUGAGAGUAAAGGAAGGAACAAGAAACAUAAUAAAGGUGGAGACAUAGAUGACAACAGAAAAUGGACCUUGGAACCUACCAAAACAAUCCCUGUUGUUGUCCAUUCAAAGGAUACCAGUAGUGUGGGACAUAUAAUUGACAAAAAGAGAGUAAGACACAGUUCAGACCAUGAAGAAAAUAUGCAGUGUUCCUCUCUAAUUAGCAGCAGUGCUGAAUCUCAGUAUAAUACCUCCAUUCGUUCCACAGAUCAAAUCUCAGAUGAGACUCAUUUACACCCCAAACAAUUCACUGACCCAGACAAGAAACUAAAAGUCGUUCCAAUGACUAAGGUGGCAAAUCAAGUGGAAAAGAUGGAUCUGGUGGAGAAUGGUGGUUCCACUGCUUGUAAAACUGUUUCUCAAACAGCUAAUCUUAGUAAAAUAUCUGCCUUUAGGUCUUCAAAGACAUCACCACAGUCGAAACCAAGACCAGCAGGACGACCUCCUAAAUCGAAACAACUCCAAAAUCCAUCACCCAGAUCAGACAUCUCAUCCCCAGAGCCCCAGACCAAGAAAAGGGGUCGUCCAAAAAUGAUCAGGUUGGAUGAAUCUCCUCAGGGAAGUGGGUCUCAUAAGUCUUUAUCUAAGUCUCCCAUCAUUGAACACAUGAAUGUUCAUCAUCCUGAGGUUGACCUUAAACUUCAAAAGCCUGUACGAAGAAAACGAGGUCGGCCCAGACUUUCCUUCUCUGUCAAGCCACAGAGAUCCCAGUCCCUGGUCUCUGAGUCUGUGAAGAAGAGUGCUGAAGACAAUCUCAAACCCCCCUUGUCAAAGACUAAAGAUGCCCGAAUUUGCCGGAAACGAAACAAGUUGAUAAUGAAGACAAUUAUCAAAAAUAUAAAUAAAAUGAGAAUGAAGAAACGAGAUGAAGUGCUUACGCACCUUGUUUCCGGGCAAAAACAAUCCUCCAAAGCGGAUAUUUCUCAGAAAGGCAAUGAAGGAGAGGUAGACUGUUCAGUUUCAGAUCCUACCCAGUCUUUAUCCUCACUUGUGACGUCUUUUGGGGGUAAACUCGGUCCACAAAUUAAUGUGAGCAAACGUGGCACUAUCUACAUAGGAAAGAGAAGAGGCCGCAAACCUAAAGCCCAAAGAGAAAAUUCUGGCCAAGACUCUGAGCAAAUUCUGUUUCAAAAGUCUCAGAAAGUGACUGAAUCUACAAGUCAGAUGAAUUCUUGGUUCACCCCUGGGGGACACAACAAUACAUUUGAAACCCAACCUGCUCUGUCCAGCUCAUUUAAAUCUCCUGAGUCCCUUAGAAAACAGCCUUACACUGACAACUGUGAAUACGAUAAACAUUCUGCUCCAAAGGUAACCAGUUCCCAAAAAGUGAAAGCAAUGGCUGACAAAUCAAGACCACAUUCAUCAUUACGUUCAACACCACUUAAUCCAGCCACGACUCAGUUAGGCUCUGUAAGAAUGCAAGACUGCAGGACACCAAAUGCUUCCCGAUCAGUACUGAUGGAGAAGGAAAGACUCAACUACAAAUGUCAUAGAAAAGGUCAUAAUUUCUUCAGCCGUGAUAAGAUUAGGAGACAUAAACACAAAUGUAAGAGGAAGUAUCUUCAACUCAGGGCCAAAAGACAAGACCCGGCAUUUCUGGCAGAGAUCGAGAAAUUAGUAGUAAGGCUUAGUGCGAUUCGUAUUGUGCAUCACGUCGCUCAGGCAGAUGAGGCGAAAUCUGGAAGAAAGAGUUUGAAAGCAAAAAAUCACCCCCAUGUUCUUCAGUGUCUACCACAAAACCUUCACCAUCCAACCAUGUUUCACAUCAACUUCAGCGGUUACUACUCACCUCAAUCUGACUUUCCUCGUGAUUCUUUGCACUAUGUUGGCAUGUCAGAUUUAAAAAGGAACAACGGGUGCCCCUCGCAACCAGGCGAACAUAUUGUCACGCAUUGUCCGAUGGUUCACAAACUCGGAUUCCCGCUUACAGGAGGCAGUUGUUAUCACUCGCCUUGCAAGUUGCCACUCUCGGCCUCUUCCUUUGGUUUCGGGCUUUACAGAGGAUACCCUCCAUCUGCAACCAUAUAUCCUUCUUCGCCAUUUUUAGCCUCAUAUGUGCAUCCCUACUCCAAAAAUCCCAUUUUAAGUCCAUCAAAGUUCCAUAAAAGGAAGCACAAGUUUCUUAGACGUGACCCUCUUUGUGGAGGGAAGCCACAGGGAACUUACCCGAAUGUAACUUCUCAAUCCUCAAGCGAAUGGUUUGGUAGAAAUAGCUGGCAAAGGAUCAACAACAGAGACAAAAGGCAUGUGGACGAACAACUUAGAGGAAGAGCAAGAGAGGAAAUAGAUGGUCUGCUAGGACAAAGUAAGCUUAGAAAAGACCAUGUAAGCAAAAGUGCUUUGUCUUCUAAUUCCCUCUUCUCCUCCUCAAUUCCAACAAGAAAAGCAGAUAAACAUAAAGCUUCACAUCUUUCUUAUAUAGGACCAUCACACCUGAGGCCCACAUCAAAAGUUAGGUGGGCAGAGCCUCAGCGGCCCUGGAGGUGGAGAGGAAGUGUUCAAUCCGAGAGGAGUAAUAGCCUCUUAGACCAAGAAGCUGCAUCAGGGUACCAGGAGGAUGAAACUGUUGCUGGUCAAGAGAGUGAUGAAGACCUUCCUUCACCUUCUUGGUCAGAUAGAACAAUCUGCCAUAAGACUUUUCUGCAGAAUCCCAACAUUGCCAGCAGUGCAAAGAAUCGAAUGACAUUCCAGAGGAGUGCUGCUGAACUUCAGGGUGAUUCGAGGAACCUAAGGAGACCUGGAAGCUCAUGGAUGAGAGAAUCUUGUUCGACUGGAGGCAAAAGAGCAUCAGAGAGCUUCUGCCCCGGUGGACCAGUUUUCCAUGGGCACCAUCAAGGAAAAGACCUGAGACACAAUAUCAGUAGAACACUCAUCCAGACCAGUGAGAUCAGCCCUUUUCCUUCUUGUACUGCCACCAAAACCAGCCUGUCUCAUUCAAGCAGUACUCUCCUGAGCAGGAGCAAACAUGUUAAACGUGUUAACAAGCCGCUCACAAAUAAGAGCUUUCAAAGUCAGACUGGCACAGGAAGUGAGGCAAAGAGGAGGGGACGGGGCCGACCGAGAAAAAAUCCUGCACCAUGCUUUUCUCCAUCUCUGCCAACUGCACCGUUGCUUGAUGGGGUGUCAGAGUGUCCUUCAAAACGGAGGAAAGUUGAAACAGAUGAUAACACUGUUCUCAGUGGGUCCGACUUUGUGUCUCAAUGUGAGAAAAGGAAAGUUAGAAAGAAAAGAGACUGUGAAAAAUUGAGAGACGGAGGACAUGAUGAACAAGAGACAGAUUUGAGCCAAGAGCCCUCGAGUUCACAUUCUCGCCCAUCUUUACCCGCUCAUGACACAUCAGUAUCUGCAAAAAGCCGAUCAGAGAGUAGUUCAGCCACGUCACCUGGCAAGAAAUACGAGUGGGCGGGGCUUUACUCCGAUGUGUAUAAAACCAAGGACCCCAUGAGACCGUCCUCGCCAGAAAACACAGAGUGCGUUGACUAUGACCCUGAAAAACAUCAGUACGGCCUUCUUCCUGCACCUAUACACGUAGGAAAAUAUCUGAGGCUGAAGCGGAUUGACUUUCAGUUGCCCUAUGACAUAUAUUGGCUGAGAGCACAUAAUAAGCUUCCUAAAAUAUCAGAUUCCCCACAAAAGACUGCAACAUCCAAUGGGUCUGUUGGUGUAAUGUCUCUCACUCAGCCCGAGGACAGAUCUUAUAAACACCAUAUGGACAGUGUUCCUCACGACUGCAUUUCUGACAGCCUUAAUAAAAAUGACAGUCUAAGACUGCCUGCUGAGAAGGUUGCUGAAGAAACCAGUCAGACAGACCCGGAUGAAAAUUUUCCCAAUCAGUGUGACCCUCUUAAACAGCAGGAGAGAGGCAGUGAUGCUGAAAAUAUCUCCGCCCCACUGCUGAUAAUGCCCUUGUCCUGCGAGGAGAGGAGUUUCAUCUUGGAACAUUGCAUUUUUCUGUUGAGAAACUAUGAGAAAAUGAGAGUGAGACAGGCGGUGCUCAUGAGGGAGGGAGUGAGAGAGCGGGAGAAAGAAAACGAGGAGAGCGGAGGGAGCAAUCAAUGUCAGACGGGAGUUCUCGAAGACAACACCAGCACCAAGUCAGACGAGCGUCUGACUCACCCGAGUCUGUCUGAAGAGGAGAGGAAAAGUGUACAAAGCAAAAACCUCACGCAAACACUCCAGGGGAUCUAUGACGUCAUUGUCAGUACCAAGGGGUCAUCCGGACAAACCCUCGCCGCUCCUCUGCUGAACUUGUGUUCCCGAAAAAGAUCUGGCUCGGCUCCUGUUGAUCUCAGUACGUUGCAGCAGCAGCUCCUCUCAGGGCACUAUGAGAGCCUGGAUGCCUUUCAUUCAGACAUGCUCAAGGUGUUUCACUGUGCUGAGAAAUACUACGGAUGCGAGUCAUCAGUGGGCCGUAAUAUGAAGCAACUGAGGGAAGUGUACCAUAACACUCAUCAGGAGGCCUUAACUCAGAUCACCAAUGUCCUGUCAGAAGCAGAAAACCACAGACACAGCUUAUAUAGGGUGUGGCUGUGACAAAACACAGAGGCAUGAUGGGCCUUGCAGAAGGCAGAUGAUGCCCUCCGAUAUCAAAUGACCUGCUGUAUGUUGCACUCACAAAUGUACUGCACAGGUUGAGACAACACUCCUGGAAAUACCAUUUGUGAGCAGGACCCGACUGAUGCUUGACUACAUGAUUAGUUGAAAGCACUCAGCUUUUUUUCUCUCAGGAAAAAGUAAGAGACAUGAUUAAACAAAUCAAUACCGGGACCCCACAAUCCACACAUUUACUCAAACAACAUGCGAUUCCUUAUAGACUCAACGAAAAACAUCUUGAAUGCCAAGGCAUUAAGCUACUUUGGUUGGCAUGACUGUUUUAAAUGAUUCAACACUCUCAAAUCAAUAUACCUUUUACAAGAUGACGGACACUACUUUACUGGGUUUGCUGACUGAACAGUACUGAAUUCUGUCAACAUCAUUGUCAACUGCUUUUAUAUUGUUUUGUUUUGUAACUGUUACAUUAGCAAUAAUGCAUGAAAGGAUUAUAAUAAUAUAGCCUUUGUACUUGGAAAAAUGUAUGUUUAUAGUCAUUUUAGAUCAAUAAUGUAGUUUUAAAGGUUAUGUACUAAUACUUGUGCUUGUGAGGUUUUAUAAUACAUUGACUUUAAGCAUAAGUUUAGAGGUUUUAGAUUCAAAUAAAUGUUUUAUAAAGUUGUUUAUAAUGUAUAUUUUGUAGAAUUGUGUUUUACUUUUGGUUCAUGAAACUCUCUAAAAUAGUUUUUAAGAUCAAUUCAAAGCAUGUCUUGUUUUGAACAGGACAUUACUCUGCGUUUGUAGAACUUUAGAUUCUUUGUGCAUGACAUUAUUUAUAUGCUUAUAAUAGCUGUGUGUAAAACAUUUGCAACUAGUAUUUAUAUGGCCGCACUGAACUAAGAAAUAGUUUUUUGUUGAAAGCUUAUGGCGCAGAACUUAAAUCUGAGUAAUUGAAUUGUACCAGCAACAUCUGUUACCUAAUAAAAGACAAUAUAUGACAUAUUCUC